AUGGUUUCGUUCGUUUUGGUGGAAGCAGAGUCUCAAGAUGUUCUCAUGAAUCUCAUUCAAUACCUGACUGGAAACUCUUUGAAGUUCACUGUGGCUACAGACAUUCGCCGGCUAUUUGCACGUACUUAUCUGGAUGUCGACGGCAACUGCGCCGGUGAUGUCUCGUCCUCGAGCGUUGAUGCGGGUCUCCAUCACAGAUCUGAUCUCAACAUCUCAUCCGCUGUUCCAUCUCAAUUCAAUGGUGUUAUGCCGAAUUUGUUUGGUAUGAUGGCGAAAACCGAGCCCGAGUCACAAUUUGGCCGCUGGCUGUCGCAGAGUACAUCCUCUCAAGAGCAUGUUCCGCAGAACCCGAUUCUUAUCAACCCAAAAGCAGAAGAACCCGAGAAAAAAGAGAAAUUGCGUGAAGUUGCCUGUCAGUUCAAAGAAGAAGUUGCGGAGCAGUCAUUGGAAGAAAGUCAAGAAUCGACUUGUCGCCAAAAGAGGACGCUUGAAAUUGUCGACAAACCUGCUGGGAAGCGUAUUCGAAAAAAUUGUCAUGGCUGCUACCAGCGUUUAAGUUUUAACUCAGGAAGAGAUGAAGCCAGGAAAUACGUCACAAGACUUUGUGGAAAGCGGAUAACAAUGCGUCGCUGUAACCUUCGCCAUCAUGCCGCUGUUGUACAUUCUGGAAUUGAAAGAUACGUUUGCCGAUGCGGUUAUUCGACUGUGCAUCGCAACACCAUUAUUCGUCAUAUGCUAAAGCAUGCUAGCGUCGAAAGUGAGAAGGACUACGAGUUCACGGAUAUGCUGACCCCUGCGGAAGCGGAGCAAAUCGAGAAACUCGCGGAGGAGUGCUUCCGAGAAUAUCGAAUCGUACCGCGAAGUACUGAAGAAGCAGAUGAUUUGGUGCGAUCAAUCGAGAAUAUUGCCAGCGGCGUCGACACCCAUGCAGGGGAACUGGACGGCCCUGUUCAGGAGCUAGAUGAUCACGGUCAGGAAUUGAGUGCUCACGGAUCAAGGCAAAACGACGUCACCACUCUUCGGUUGUUUUUCUGGUGUGGCCCUUCCGAUCGAAUGCGUUGCGCACUAUAA